UCGAACUUUCGAUAACAACACAUACACAUCCCCCCUUUGUUACUCAUCUACCAUAACAAUCUCUUCAACGAAAGGUAUGUUUCUACGGGUCCAACCCCUUGUCGAUUUGUUUUUCUGUCAAUUUCAAUUUUUUAGGGCUUGUUCUUUGUGUGCGUGAUGAUGAACAGAGAAUUUGAAUUAGGAGGAGAUAGCACAAACCCUAGGGUAGAAUCAGAAUCUUUCGUUGAUGGCAGUAGCUCAGGAAAUAUAGUAGAUUCUGUACCUGUACCAUUAAUCGUCCCCUCCGAUAACUCUACAGUUGUGCAGGGUUUCGAAAGUGUAGGUGGGUCUGUUGCCGAGGGUAGCAUGGACAGUGUAUCAGCUGAAAGAAAUGUUAGUGAUGUAAAUAAUAGGACAGAUGGGGUCUCGAACAAAUUUGGUGUUCUUGAAUCUCAUGACAAGGUGUUUAGCGAUAGGAACCAUGGUAGUGUAAAGCAUGUGAAAAGUGAGCAGCAGAAAGGGCAACAUAGAAAAGAGCUGAAAUCAAAAGAAUCAGUAUCACCUGUAUAUGAUUCUAUGAUUUCUAUGUUUGAUGAUUUUGCUGCCAAUGGGAAUGUGUCGACUGUGGUUAAGCCGUCGAUGGAGGUAUCACCUGGUCAUGGCUUUCAAGUGGGGGAUAUGGUUUGGGGAAAAGUGAAAUCUCACCCUUGGUGGCCUGGUCACGUGUACAGUGAAGAAUUUGCAACCCCUUCAGUGCGCAGAUCAAAGAGGGAAGGUCUUUUGUUGGUUGCCUUCUUUGGAGAUAGUAGCUAUGGAUGGUUUGAUCCUUCAGAACUUGUGCCGUUUGAUUCUGAUUUUGCAGAGAAGUCUCGCCAGACUAACUCUAAAACUUUUGUCAAGGCUGUGGAGGAGGCAAUGGAUGAGGUUAGUAGGAGGAGUGCACUUGGUUUGUCCUGUAUGUGCAGGAGUAAGCAGAAUUUCAGGGAGACUGGUGUCCAAGGGUAUUUUGCUGUUGAUGUGGCGGAUUAUGAGCCUGGAGCUGUAUACUCAAUUGAUGCAAUUGAGAAAGCUAGGAAGAGUUUCCAGCCCAGUUUGGCUCUUGAUUUUAUAAGGCAGUUGGCUCUGGAACCCACUGACAAUGAUCAUGCUGGCAUUGAUUUUAUAAAGAACAGGGCUAAUGUCAUUUCUUACAGAAGGGCAGUUUAUGAGGAAUUUGAUGAGACAUAUGCUCAGGCAUUUGGUUACCAACCAGUUCGUUCUUCUCCUCGAUCUGUACAAGAAUUGCCCCCUGGAAGAACACCGACUAAAGCUCCCUUGAGUGGGCGACAGGUAUUUGCCGACACUUCAGGCAAGGGAAAGAGUUCUGCAAAACCUAAUAAGGUUAAGGACCAUGCUAAAAAAGACAAGUAUCUCUUUAAACGGAGAGAUGAAUCUGAAGAGGUAAAAGUGCUCAAAAAGGAGAAAGGGAAACUGUCAUUCUCUCCCCACCUUAAGGAUUCCAUGGCAAAUGCUGCUGGUGACUAUGUGUUGCAAAAGAGAGACUUGGGAACACAUGAACAAGUUGGGACAGCCAUUGUGAGCGAUGAAUUAGCUUCAAGAGAUGCAAGUAUGGAAGACACACCUAUUGUCCUGGAAUUCGGUGACCCUAAUUUACAGAGCAAAGUUGAAUCACCUAGCUUUUCUGCUGGUGAGAUUGCACCAGGCUUUGGUGGUGAUCUACCAACAGUGAAGAUUUCUGGUGAUGAUGAGAAGAAGAUUGUGCCACAAAAGACAAGUUCUGAUUUGGUAGAUGACAAGUCUUCAAGUGACAGAAAGGUGUUCAACCAAGAUGACACCCCAAGUUCAGGACCCCAUAAAAUAGUUGCUUUACAAAGAACGGAUAAUGAGCCGAAAAAGGUGAAGAAGGUUUCUAAACGUCCUGUUGGAGAGCUGGGAUCUGGGAAAUCCGUCUUGCCCGAGAAGAAAAAGAAGAGGAAGAAAGAAGUCUUGAUGGCUGACGGUACACAGGUCCUUGGUAAAGAUGGGGUUCCUUUGGUUGACAAAGUUUCAGCUAAAAGACCCUUUCAAUCUGCUCCCGCAUCAAAGCCUCCGAUUGAGGAUCCUAAUGGAACUGAUAACAAGUGUUUGUCUUCACAAGAGAUGAAUCAUGAAGUGGAGCUUUCACAGGUACUGGGUGAUUUGCAUUCACUUGCUUGUGAUCCUUUCCAUGCUAUUAACCAAGGAUGGGCUGUUAAAGCAAGACAGAUUUUUUUGAGGUUCAGAUCAGGUGUGUUCCAAAAAAGCUUAAACAUAGCUGAGGAUGAAGGAAAUGAUAAGCAUUCUAGCAAGUCUUGUGCUGAGAAUGGCCUAGGAGCGACACCUGCAAAACCACAAGCCAGGCCUGAUGAUCCCACUAAAGGCGGGCGGAAGCGGGGUCCAUCCGAUCGCCAGGAAGAAAUCGCUGCAAAAAAGAAGAAGAAAGUUGGUGAUAUUAGAAAUUUAACCAAGGAGAAGAAGGUAAUUAAGAAAACUGACGAACCGGCAUCACGAGGAGAUGUGAAGCCGGCGGUUGUUAUGACAUCAAGGAAAUCCGAGUUGAAGAACACAGAGCAGCGGGCGCCGGAGCCUACAAUGCUAGUGAUGAAGUUUCCAUCAGGAGGAUCUCUACCGUCCAUUAAUGAGCUAAAGGCAAGAUUUGCACGUUAUGGACCUAUGGAUCAUUCGGGUACUCGGAUAUUUUGGAACACGUUCACAUGCCGGGUGGUUUACAGGCACAAAGCCCACGCACAGGCGGCGUAUAAGUUUGUGCUGGGAAGUAGCAACUUGUUUGGGAACGCGGAUAUAAAAUGCAGCCUUAAAGAGGUUGGAGUUGUGGGAUCCGGCGAUUAUGAACCACCUGUGAAGGUCCCAAAAGAAGAGGGGUCCAUGGAGACCAUGGCAGGCUUACAGCUGAAAUCAUGUCUGAAGAAAUCGGGUGGCGGUGAGGAGGCGGGAGGUGGUAGUAAAGGGAUGCCGCGGGUAAAAUUCAUGUUGGGUGGGGAGGAAAGUGUGAAAAACAUGGCGGAGAACAAGAAUGGUUCAUCAUCAUCUUUUUCUUCUUCUCAUGCAACAAUGGAUUUUAAUAGUAAGAAUUUUCAAAAGGCUGUUCACCUCCCUCUUCCCAUUUCUUCUACUACUGCUGUUGCAACUUCAACUGCUCAAUUUACUAGACCACCACCAUCAUCAAAUUCUAUGCACUACGGUGGCAUAGGCUUACAGCCACCGCCACCACCACCACGAUCUUUGAAUUAUGCGGGCGAGAUAAAACAAACACAACCACCACCAGCGCCACCUGGGAACUUCGUUCACAACUUGCAAAGACCAAUUAUUGUUCCACCACCACCAGCACCAGCACCAUUACCCAAAAUGGAUAUCACACAGCAAAUGUUAAGCCUUCUGACCAAGUGCAACGAUGUCGUUACGAAUGUGAGAAAUAUGUUAGGCUACGUGCCUUACCGCCCUCUUUAAACAUAAAAGAAAUCCUCUAUAAACGGACAAAAACCAGCAUCGAGAAAAUCGACUGUCGAGGCAAGAUGAAGAUGCGUUGUUGAGGAGAGACAAAAGGAAUAUAGGAAAGAAAAAUGCAUGUGAACUCUUUGGAUGGAUGGAUGGAUGGAUGGGUUCAUUUAUUUUGGUAUGGCUUUACUUUGUAGUGGUAUUGUUUAAUGGUGAUUAUGUUGUAGUUGUUUAACAUCUUUUUGGCAUUUAUUAGGUGCAUUUUGUCAAAUAAUAGACAUCGUGGCUUUGUGACCUA